UUUGCACGCACUGUUAUUCUGGAUUUUGAUUUUUGCAUUCGAGUGCUGUGGUGAAUUUGCUCGUUACCCGUAUGGACCGAAUGAGAGUAAUUAGUUUAUAACCCAACCAAGAACAGAAGGAACCCUGGCCGCCCGGCUGUCAGCUGUAACCGCCCAGAAACCCAAAAUAAGCGAAUCGGGGCCGAAAAAAGUGUAUGGGGCCUCAGAUCAUAGUAAUAAUAAUAUAACGACCGGUCAAAAAAACAACAAAACAAACCCACGUGAUCUUCGCAUGUUCGGGGUAGAAUUGACAGUGACAUUGACAGUUCGCCCAUUCAUCUUUGUGGGUUAUAUAGGGUGUCCCAAGGACUUCGAAGCUUGUCCCGCUUCAGGGCCCCCCGGGUGUCAAAAAGUGAUUUUUUCCGCUUCUGUUUACGAGUGGUGUGUCACGUAGGCACGUUCUACAGUUGACAGAUGAAAUAUCAAGUGGAUUUGUUUACAUCGGUCACAAACCCUUACUUUUUGCCAGUCAGAAAAUAUUCUAUUUACGUAUUGUGAACCAGUUUUCUAGUCGGCGGUCUGGGUUGUUUGAGAAACCAUUGGAAAAAUUCCAGGAUGUAGGUGCCCCUAUUAAAGUUGUGAAAAAAAAAACAGGAGAAUUUGAUGUAAUUUGAGCCCUCAAUGAACACUUCAGCUUAAUGAUAUGAAUCAAAAAGACACUGUUAUUCAUUUGGUUGCUGGCGGGGUGGCAGGCACGGCCGGUGCAAUAGUAACAUGCCCACUGGAAGUGGUUAAAACGCGACAACAGUCUUCUCGCGGUAGAAGUUUAGUUUCUAGUCCGGGCAGCGAUGCCCCACCACAGUCCAGGAGCUUUAAGCCACCUCCCUCGUCUAUAACCGGUAAGCGUAGGUUAUGGACAACAUCAAGCUACGGCCGCCCUCAAGUUGUGGCUCUUUCAGGUUUCAGCGCCCCUCCGGCCCCGCUACGACUCACCACCGAUACAGGCAUUAUACAGUGCAUGCGACACAUUGUUAAAUACGAGGGUCCGAUGGCCCUAUUUAAAGGUUUAGGUCCGAACCUUAUAGGAGUGGCCCCCUCGAGGGCCGUCUACUUUUCCACGUACUCUCAGGCGAAACGGUUCUGGAACAACGUGCUGCCCCCGGACUCGCCGGUGGUGCACGUGUGUUCCGCCACGUGUGCCGGUUUCGCUGCCAGUACCCUCACUAAUCCCAUAUGGUUCGUGAAAACGCGCCUCCAAUUGGACGUCAAUAAGGAGAAUCCCAUGACGGCCGCCCAAUGCGUUAAACAGAUAUAUUCAAAAUCUGGUCUGCUGGGAUUUUACAAAGGCAUCACCGCCUCCUACAUGGGCAUCUCGGAAACGAUCAUCCACUUCGUGAUCUACGAGGCGAUCAAGGCCCAAUUGAUCAUUUAUCACGCGCACGACAGCGACGUGCGCAGCUCCACCGACUUCUUGGAGUUCAUGGUGGCGGGGGCGAUCUCGAAAACGGUCGCCUCGUGUAUCGCGUAUCCGCACGAGGUGGCGCGCACCCGCUUACGCGAGGAGGGCACCCGGUACACCGGGUUCUGGCAGACGCUACAACUGGUUCUCAAAGAGGAGGGCGUCCGGGGCUGUUACCGCGGCCUGAAGACCCAAUUGGUCAGACAGAUCCCGAAUACGGCCAUCAUGAUGUCCACUUACGAGGCUGUGGUGUAUGUUUUAACCACUCGCUUUAAUACCGAGUUUUAUCAGAAGGAGGAGCAUUAGGGGUUAGGUAGGGGGAGGGGGGUUGAAAGUGGGUGAGUUUUGUUUUGUUUUGUUUAUUGUUGCUGUUUUGUUGUUAGUUUUUAAGGUAUAAUAAUGGUGAAAUCCGGAGGAUAGUUUAAAUAGACAGUUUUUAUACAUUUUGAAAACACUUGUUAGGUAUCAAGCUUCAUUGUUAUUUGUUAUAGUGAUCUGUAUCACAUUUCCAUUUGAAUUUAAAUGGUUUUUAACGCCGUUUCUAAGGCCUAUACUCUUAAGACCUAAAUUAUCGUUUUUAUUCCAAUAACAAUAUUGAUUUUUUUUCUAAAAUUGCUGUCCUUGCUUCUACAUACAGAAACGUGGCAAGUGACGUUGACAGAUUUUAUAUAACCUAAAGCCAUAUUUUAGCGAGUAAGCGCCUUACUGUGCAGCCAGGAGACUGGAUAUAAAGAGACUGAUCUCCGCCAGCGUUGUGCUUUUGGCAUAAAGCAUAUGUACUAAAAUUGAUUCUAAAAUGUACUAGAUUGUACUAGA